AUGCCAGCUGUCACCCGGGAGAAGGAGGACUCUGAAUCCUCCACAGUGGAUGAGCAUGAAGAUCUUCCCUGCAUUGCCUGGAGCGGUGCCAGCAAGACAAUUCCCAUUCUCCUGUUCUUCCCUGAAGCUAUUGUUUCUAAAGAUGACAGAAUUUGCUCUGUUGGAGACCGCUACAAGAUGGCCUUCAAGAUUGUACGCACAGAGAGCCGCCUUGUCCGAGGAUUACUCGCUAAUCAUGGAUUCCAUGAGGUGCACCCCAAUAGUAAUGACUUUAACCUCAUGUGGACUGGAUCUCACCUUAAGCCUUACAUCCUUCGCAGCCUCCAGGACUUCCAGAAGGUCAACCACUUUCCAAGGUCGUAUGAGCUGACUCGUAAAGAUCGUCUUUAUAAAAAUAUCCAGCGGAUGCAGCAGGCGCACGGCUUCAAAAACUUCCAUAUCGUUCCUCAAACCUUUGUGCUUCCAUCUGAGUAUCAAGAGUUCUGCGACUGUUUUGCAAAGGACAAAGGCCCAUGGAUUAUCAAACCUGUAGCAUCCUCAAGAGGACGAGGCAUUUAUCUCGUCAGCAAUCCAAACCAAAUUUCAAUGGACGAAAACAUCUUGGUCUCCCGUUAUAUACACAAUCCAUUACUUAUAGACGAUUUUAAGUUUGACAUGCGCCUAUACGUACUUGUGACUUCAUAUGAUCCACUGCUGAUAUAUGUUUAUGAGGAAGGCUUGGCAAGAUUUGCCACUGUGAAGUAUGACCGCACAUCAAAACACAUCAAGAACAACUUCAUGCAUCUCACAAACUACAGCGUGAACAAAAAGAGCAGCGAUUAUGUCAGUUGUGACGACCCUGAAGUGGAGGAUUACGGCAACAAGUGGAGUUUGAGUGCGGUGCUGCGCUAUUUGAAGCAAGGAGGGAAGGACACAUCCUUGUUAAUGCGGCAGGUGGAGGACCUCAUUAUCAAGGCCUUGUUGAGCGCUGAGCCCCAGAUCUCUGCUGCCUGCAAGAUGUUUGUUCCCUACAAGACAAACUGCUUUGAACUGUAUGGCUUUGAUGUCCUCAUCGAUACCAAACUCAAACCUUGGUUAUUGGAAGUCAACCUUUCCCCUUCACUCGCAUGUGAUGCGCCUCUGGAUCUGAAGAUAAAGGCCAGCAUGAUUGCAGACAUGUUUUCACUUGUGGGCUUAGUGUGCCAGGACCCCCUGUCCAGACUGCCGCGGAGUGAGCGGGCCGCACAGGAUCCCAGCCAGAAGCACCCUCCUCUUCGGGCAGAGCGGCAGCAGAAUUUGUUGUCCAGUAACUCAGAAUCAGAGGGUUUAAAAGGCCAAGGAGACAGCACUCUGUGUCUUACAGCUGAAGAGGUUAAGGUGCUGAGGAGAAUAAAGGAGGAAUUUGACAGACGUGGCGGCUUCAUUAGAAUCUUCCCCACUUCUGAAACAUGGGGUCUCUAUUGUGGGUAUCUAGAGUCCAAGACAUCAUUGAACUCCAUGGUGGCACAAAGACUUUUCCAUGGAAGGACGGAGCAGCUGCAGGUGCAUGUGUUGUGUGGCGCUCAUGUGGAGCAGUACGAGAGGAAGCUUCAGUCUCUGGAGGCUCGUAAGAGACACCUGCAUCGCCGCUCUCAUGGCUCGGCCAAGAGGAAAUCUGGGAAGGAAUCCAAGGCUUUUCCAACUGAAGGCAGCAGUCGCAAGGGAGACGAGGUGAAUGGGCAGUGUGAGCCAAGUGCACACAUGGUGGGAGGCUGCAGGGGUCAGGUGGUCACAGCGUUGCCAUUGGACGCUCUCCACAGUCGAGUUGAGUCCAGUUCAGAGACAUCAGCGCUGGACAACAGGCCCAGAGUCAACCUGCUUCACAUCCUUCAGCUGGGCUUUGACCUGAGUAAAGUGCAAGCCCGACUGGCUUUUUCUUCCUACCUAAAUCGAGUCCAGCAAAGACUUUUGGCUGAGAGCAGAGCCAACACCAUUCCAGCUUGGCCAGACAAGGACAAUGACCAAAUGGAUCUGGUGAUGCGAUUUCUAAAGAGAGCUGCCGGUAACCUUCAGCAGGACAUGAAGGUCAGUUUGCCCAGUUUCCAGCUCCCACUUCAGGACCGCAGACGUAUCCUGUCCCAGCAGCUUGGGGAAUUCAUUCACCAUUACGACAAGGAAACUGAUUAUAUGGGAGCAAAACAAGAAAGGACAGAAAAGCGCUGUGUCGACCACAUUGUAUUUCAGGAGUAUCUUAGUGUAGCAAGUGAAAGUGAUCUGGAGGAGGUGUUGACAUACUACACGCAAAAAAAUAAAUCUGCAACCCUCUUCCUUGGAUCAAAACUCUGCAGCUUAAACAAAGUGCCUACAGACAUUGCUUUAGGAGAGCCAGGCAGCUGUGGAGAUUCUAAUAUUCAGCUUUUGGCCAAAGACGAUUCCAGCACCUCAGAGUCCUCGCUCUCCACAGGAAAAGUCAGCGGUGACCCAGACAGCAAGGUUUCUGAAAAUCAGCUUUCAGAUCAACGCGCGGCAGCCAAAAGUGGGAGUCAGACUCAGCCAGACGUCCAGGCUUCCCAGCACUGCUCCAACUUUCCCGCGAGCUUAGACUAUACCUACACCCACCCAUCUAUGCCUCUGCACUGCCCGCCUCCCCCUCCACCCCAGCAGCCUCCAUCUUACUCCCAGUCGCUGUCCAGGUUCAAGUUCUGCCAAGCGGACACCCACCCUCCGGAAUACUCCUCCACGCCAGCACUCACGCAGCCACGAGUUAGAACGGCUGGUCCUAACACGGCUACUUCUCGUGCAAGACCGUCAUCUCAGGCUCAGGGGCACAGGAGGGUGGUCUCGUUCACCCCUCCAAAGCCCGCCAUCCCCAGUGCCACUCACAUCUACAGCCAGAAGCUCUCCAGACCUACCUCCGCGGGCCACACGACGUGGCGGAGCAGUUCCAACAAGCUGAAGACAAACUCUGUGAGCACUUUUAAGGAUCUGAACGCCCUCUCAGCCCAGGCCCAGUCCAACCAGCAGGCCUUCAUCGCUGCGCUGCAGAGACUGGCCGACAAGCAGGUGGUGUGUCAGUACGCCAGCUCCAACCACAUCAACCUGCUGACACAACACCUGAGCAAUAUCAACCUGACCAGCAACGUUCUGAGUAAAGGCAGCUUGACGUUAACUCCCAAAGCCUGGCAGACAGACCCUGCAGCUCCAAGCCCACCCCCCGCGAGGGCCCUCCACUCCGGGCCAGAAGUCAGCACCAACAAGAGACCCCUGAAGGAUGCGGAGGACGUGUGGGCCUCUCCGUUCCAUAAGGCCUACAGCGUGGUGACAGGGGUAAACCCGCUCCUAGACUACCGGCCCACACAGGGCAGCUACCAGCUCCAGUACGCCAUCCAGCAACUGCAGCAACAGAGACUCCAGUCCCAGCAGCUGCAGCAGAGCCACUGUCUGCCACAGGAUCAGCCUUCAAACCAGUCAAGUGUCCAGACCUCAACCAAAUCCUCCAGCUGUCCUCCUGCCAAUCUGCAUCUUCUCUCCAACCCCAGUGCUAUGAGCCUCCAGACGAAUGCAAGUCCUGUCCACAUCCCCAAGCCUCCCAGCAGCGGCCGACCAGAGGCGCUGGGCAGGAAAACCACCACAAAGCGCCUCGCCAAUCCUGACUCUGGGAACCAGCAGGAGGCCAGUUCCUGUGCUCCUCAGAGUCCCAGCAGGAGGCCAGUCCCUGUGCUCCUCAGAGUCCCAGCAGGAGGCCUGUCGCACUCAGGCACUGCGGGCUACCUGCAGUGCAGAGCAGGGCGGAACAUCCGCAACGCUUGCCUAGAUUUCUGCAAGCCGUGUGAAAUGUUCAGCUGGGUAGUAUAUUAUCUGUACACAGUGCAAGCUCAGAUCCGGCUGCUGCAGCCCAAGUGCUGCCUUCAGCUGACAGAGUAA